AUUCUCGGGUCAUCGUCGGGGACGUUCGCGCCAGAUUUUAAAAGCGAGCGCUUUUGUGAGAGUACGACCGGUGUCGGAAGGAUCCCCAAAAUGCCACUUUUGGGGAAAAAGCUUUACAUUCCGAAGGUGCUAUCGAAGACAGUAACCUUAGCAGAGCCUCAUUUUCUCAUUCCAUUCACCAACGAAGUGUUCUCGAGCAAAAUUGACUAUGAGAACCAGCUUGAAGUGUAUGCUCAGGCGCUCUGGACCUGCCAGUGCACGGGUCAGACCGGCAUGACCUUUGAGGAGGCACAGAGGUCAGAGGUCAGCGCCAGGCAGCGUCUCCAAGGCUUCCCCACCCAUUUUGAGAAGCCCAUUCUGCAGCAUGUUCAUCACAGUGCAAGCACAUUGGAAAGCCUGUUGCAGGAGACUACCCAAUUCCUCAGUUCAAGCUUUGCCCUUGGGGAGAAGGUCGAGCUCAAGGUCAAAGUGAAGGGUAGAUUAUUCACGGGAAAAAUCAUGAAAGUAGAACUAGACAGCUCAGCAGAGGUUGCAAGCGUGAGUGGGUCGCCCUCUAGUGACAAGGAGAACCACGGGAACCUGUCGGACGAGGGACUGUCGUCUAAGACCAAGAAGAAAAGCCAGAGUUCAUCAUAUAGGUACAACAUUCAGCUAGAGAACGAAGAUAAGAUCAUUAGCUUUGUGCCUGGUUCCGACCUUACACGCUGCACUGCAAUACCAUCCAGAGAAAUCAUAGAACUCUAUAUACGAAGCAGUGCUCUGCAAGCGGGCAACAAACCGACCAGUCCGUGGAUCGUACAUGAAGAUCUGGUGAAGAAGCACGCCCUCUCAGGUCGACUUAUUCCGUCUCUCCUUUCUCCAACAAGGAUAUCUGCGACAGGUCUGAAACUUGCCGUCAAACGCGAGUCGGCUAACCAGCAAUCCGAGAGCUCCUCCAAGAAACAGAGGUCAAAUAGCAGAGAGGGGCAGAACCCCACCGUCGUAAUCACGCCCCUGCAGUUCACCCCUUCCCCAGAGAAAAUCUUCCUGGAUCACUCGUACAGUUCUCCACCCCACAAACAAAAUGCAUCGACGAAGCGAUCGUCGAGCAAAUCACCCAAAAAGGCGGUUUUCAUCGCCGGAUAAAAAGGAAAAGGACAAGAAGAAGGAUAAGAAAGUGAAGGAUAUUUCAAGGAAA